AUGGCGGCGGUGGCUCCGCCCAUUCCUGGCCUCGCGGGUUCAGCCCAGGCUGGCUCUCUCAUAAUGGCAAGGGUUCGGUGCCCGGCUGUGGGAGCGCCCGAGGGGCGGGAGCCCAGGGAGGCAGAGAGUUUUACCCUCAAAUGGAGUCUCCGGGAAGGCUGUCCCCAGGCCGGUGGGGCCCCUGAAGGGCCUCGGGGGAGGGGGUCGCACAGCGGGAAUUGCCACCAGCAAGUCCCGGCUUCACAGCGCGCUUGUCCAGGGCACCGCUCCGGGUUCCCAGCGCCCAGCCCAGGGCUUAGAACAGUGAAUGACCACAGGGAAGAGAAAGUGAAGGAAGGAGCAACCUUUCUACCUGCUGCCCUCUUCCCCUCAGAACCGAGUCCCCGCUCCCCCGCUCUCUUCGCACCGCUUUUUCAGAGGCUCCGAGGAAGGGCGUGGGCGCUGGAGGGCUUAGCCGAGUGCCCCUUGGCCAAGCCCCACCGGGUCCGAGCCUCUGCUGCCGCCCGCCCACAGGAGACCAAAGUCCAGGUGAAAGUACCGGAGUACCUGGGGCCGCUGCUGUUCGUGAAACUGUGCAAAAGACACCUCCUCCAGGACGACGCCUGGUUCUGCAGCUGGAUCGAAGUCAGGUUCCCUUGUUAUCGCUGGGUGGAGGGCGACGAAGUCCUGAGCCCUGAAGGCAGGGGUGAUGAGGCUUUCUUGGCAGGAAGGAGAAGAGACUCGCAGAAAAAGUCAUUGGCCAAGCCCUCCCCUCUCCUUCUAGGCCACACUGUGGUCGGCGACCCCCAAGGCCUGUUCAGGAAACACCAGGAAGAGGAGCUGGAAGAGAGAAGGAAGCCGAACCGGUGGGGAAGCUGGAAGGAUGGGCUGAUUCUUAAUGUGGCUGGAGCCAAAUUGUGUGACCUCCCUGUGGAUGAGCGAUUUCUGGAAGACAAGAGAGUUGACUUUGAGGCUUCUCUGGCCAAGGGGCUGGCCAACCUUGCUAUCAAAGACUCUUUAAAUGUUCUGACUUGCUGGAAGGAUCUGGAUGACUUCGACCGGAUUUUCUGGUGUGGCCAGAGCAAGCUGGCGGGGUGUGUGCGGCACUUCUGGAAGGAAGAUGCCUUCUUUGGGUACCAGUUUCUCAGUGGUGCAAACCCCAUGCUCCUGAGGCAUUCUUCAAGCCUCCCAGCCCACCUGGUGCUGCCUGCAGGGAUGGAAGACUUGAAGACCCAGCUGGAGAAAGAACUCCAGGUGCUGCUGGGCUUUCUCUGCCCAUCUAGCAUCCCAGCCGCUCCCACCACCUCCGUUACCCCCAUCUCCCUUCUCUUUGCUUCCUUCUCCUCCCAUCUCCAGCCCCUUCUCUCAUCUCCUCCAUCCUACACCCUCCUGCAUUUGCACUUAGGAUGUCUCAACUUUGGCAUUAUUAGCAUUCUACGUCACAUAAUUCUCUGUGGGGGGGCUUUACUGUGCAUCGUACAGUGUUUAGUAGCAUUCCUGGCCUCUACCCCUUAGAUGUCAGCAGCAUCCCCCUAGUUGUGACAACUAAACAUGGCUCUAGAGGUUGCCGAAAGUCCUGGGGUUGGGCAGUGAGGAGAGAAGGAAUAGCCCCUGCUGAGAAUGUUGAUCUACAGCAUCUCCUCCUGUAUCUUUUUUUCUUUCUCUUCUGUCUCCAUGUUCUUCUCUUCCUUCUUCACUGAGCAUGUAUCGGUCUUAGAGAGCAGCUCAAGCUUCUGGAGAAAAAUAGCAAGAAAAACUAAACAAAGCUUUGGAGAGCUAAAAGCUGAAUCUAUUUUGGGGGGAAGAUGGGUAGAUAAAGGAAAUAUUUUUGCUAUGUUGGCUAAAACUGACAGAAUAGGGGAUAACUGAAGAAUAGGUUGGGUGUGGGGGUCUUAUGUGGUAGAAAACCAGAAACUUCACUGCAGGGAGCUCCUAGUCUGAAGGAAGACAUCAGUCAUGAAACUUUGCAUUCAAUUGUUUGGUUCUGGGGAAAGUGAUUGGAGUUUAAAGUAAAAAAGACUUGGAGGGGUAGAGGAAGGAUCCACCCUGGAAAAUGACAGAAAGACAGCUCCAGA